GUUUUUUAGUGAGUUUUUAGAAGCAAAGCCAAGAUGUCGAAAAUAACUCUGAUUUUUGCUAUCCUUUGCCUUUUCGCGGCUGCAAUGGCCCAGGAAAAUGCUCGCGAGGUUUGUCGGAGGGUUAAUGAAAGAUGCCAACGGUCUGCUGGAAAUCAUGGUCCGAAUAACGACAUCUCAAAUAUCUUCAAUGAAUGGUGUCGCCGUCAAAAUCGCAACUGGCGUAACAUCUCCCGAUGCGAACUGACACGCGCCACUUGUCGAUUGACUCUGGAGCGCUGCAGGUCCCUAUCCUGUGAGAAUGUCAGAAACGCCCUUGGUCCUGAUCCUCGCGAAUAAAAGAAGUUCUUUGGCGUUUGAUGGAAAUGUAAUACCAAAUAACUUUGCCUUUAAAACAA